UGCGCCACUGUACUCCAGCCUGGGUGACAGAGCGAGACUCCGUCUCAAAAAAAUAAAUAAAAAUAAAUAAAAAAUAAAAAGUGGGAAAAAUCCUAUGUCAUCCUGAAAAAAGGCUGUGAGCCUGCUUACAGAGGUCAUUACAAGGUCAAACUCAAGUUCGGAGCACUUCCUGCCUCUGCUCAUCCAACAGACUUGCUGGAUACCCCGUCUGCGGAGCACUUUGAGGGAACAUAAUGGAGUCUCGGGAAGCCACAGGAAGAGAGUGGAAAGAUCACAGCCAGGGGCUCAGGGUGUUUACAGGACAAGCACUCUGGCCAGGCAGUUACACAAGAGUGGAAAGACCGCUAGACGAAGGGAAGGAAGUGCCGAGAGCCCACAAAAUUAUCUGCUUACAACAAGCCCCACUAGAACCUUCCUCUGCCGCCUCGACAUGCCCAGGAGAGCACUGCUGCAGGUGUGUGUGAACAUGAGUCUGCCCCUGUUUACACCCUGCAAGCCUGAAGAGUCCCCAGAAACUGAAAGAAGAAGCAAAGCCCUUUCUGUACCCUCCCUGCCCCCUGUCCCGACCGCGACAAAAGCGACUUCCUCUUUCCAGUGCAUUUAAGGCGCAGCCUGGAAGUGCCAGGGAGCACUGGAGGCCACCCAGUCAUGGGGGACACCUUCAUCCGUCACAUCGCCCUGCUGGGCUUUGAGAAGCGCUUCGUACCCAGCCAGCACUAUGUGUACAUGUUCCUGGUGAAAUGGCAGGACCUGUCGGAGAAGGUGGUCUACCGGCGCUUCACCGAGAUCUACGAGUUCCAUAAAACCUUAAAAGAAAUGUUCCCUAUUGAGGCAGGGGCGAUCAAUCCAGAGAACAGGAUCAUCCCCCACCUCCCAGCUCCCAAGUGGUUCGACGGCCAACGGGCCGCCGAGAACCGCCAGGGCACGCUUACGGAGUACUGCAGCACGCUCAUGAGCCUGCCCACCAAGAUCUCCCGCUGUCCCCACCUCCUCGACUUCUUCAAGGUGCGCCCCGAUGACCUCAAGCUCCCCACGGACAACCAGACAAAAAAGCCAGAGACAUACUUGAUGCCCAAAGACGGCAAGAGUACUGCAACAGACAUCACCGGCCCCAUCAUCCUGCAGACGUACCGCGCCAUUGCCGACUACGAGAAGACCUCGGGCUCCGAGAUGGCUCUGGCCAUGGGGGACGUGGUGGAGGUCGUGGAGAAGAGCGAGAGCGGUUGGUGGUUCUGUCAGAUGAAAGCAAAGCGAGGCUGGAUCCCAGCGUCCUUCCUCGAGCCCCUGGACAGUCCCGAUGAGACGGAAGACCCUGAGCCCAACUAUGCAGGUGAGCCGUACGUCGCCAUCAAGGCCUACACUGCUAUGGAGGGGGACGAGGUGUCCCUGCUCGAGGGUGAAGCUGUUGAGGUCAUUCACAAGCUCCUGGACGGCUGGUGGGUCAUCAGGAAAGACGACGUCACAGGCUACUUCCCGUCCAUGUACCUGCAAAAGUCGGGACAAGACGUGUCCCAGGCCCAACGCCAGAUCAAGCGGGGGGCGCCGCCCCGCAGGUCGUCCAUCCGCAACGCGCACAGCAUCCACCAGCGGUCGCGGAAGCGUCUCAGCCAGGACGCCUAUCGCCGCAACAGCGUCCGUUUUCUGCAGCAGCGACGCCGCCAGGCGCGGCCGGGACCGCAGAGCCCCGGGAGCCAGCUCGAGGAGGAGCCGCAGACGCAGCGCUCUAAACCGCAGCCGGCGGUGCCCCCGCGGCCGAGCGCCGACCUCAUCCUGAACCGCUGCAGCGAGAGUACCAAGCGGAAGCUGGCAUCUGCCGUCUGAGGCUGGAGCGCAGUCCCCAGCUACCGUCUCGGCCCUUCCCGCCCCGUCCCUGUAUAUACGUGUUAUGUAGAGCCUGGUGUCUGGACGCAGAGGGCAGCCCCGGCCCCUGUCCAGCGCGGCUCCAGCCACCCUCAAUAAAUGUUGCUUGGAGUGGA